AUGCAAGCGUCGCCGGAUGAGUCCUUCGGGACUGGCUGCAUCUCAUGCUGCGCUCUUUGAAAAUUCCAUCUGCUCCAUUUCCACACAAAACAGCGCCUGCCCUGCUUCAGUGUGGCCAACAUCCAGGCCAAGUUCAAGGAGGGCCAGCAUCCCUUGAGCGAUUCCUACAAGCGGUACAAGCAGCCCGGCGGCAUCAGCACCGCCUGCCAGGAGGGAACCAGCGGAGCGGGUCAGCAGGGUCACCAGGCCCAGGGCCAGGGUCAGCAGCCGCCACACGGAAUCCUGAGGAGCGGCGCCAACGCCCGCCUCCACCAGGUCCACGAUGCUGGCCGCGGUGUCCUCGCGGGUCAUCCUGGACAGACGCAAACACUUCCGGGCGCAUGUCGCAAGCACCCAAACGCUGGAUCCAACUUGAAUCUCUAUCUUCACAACGACUUGGAGAGGCGUUUCUACUUCGAAAAGCCGGCGGUGUCCAAGUGCAACCUGCACUCGCGCAGUUUCGCCAAAUCGCUGAACGAGCUCUGCACGGAGGCGUCGGUGUCCUCCACCCAUGUCCCCCUGCCCCUGCCCGCUCCUCCGCCCGAUCACGAUCCCGAGCCCCUGCCCGCUCCUCCCCUCUUCGCCGACCUGCCCCAGGAGUUUCCCCUGACGCGAUCCGUGUCAACCGCCACGGAUAUAUGCCCGGCUCCGGCACCGCCCUCCGCCCAAAUGAAGCGCAAGCAGCAGCGGAACAUGGCCACCAACACGCACACGAAGAUCUCCGUCGCGUCCUCCCACAAGCCGCCAUCCUCGCAGACCCAAUUGGAGGACCAGUCGCGGCUGUGCGGCCUGAAACGGGGAUUGCGGAAGACCAAGGACGAGCUCUUCCAGGAGUUCUGCCGACGGGCCGGCAUGCGCAGCAAGCCCAAGAACAUAUACUACAUCAGUGGCGGCGAGGAGGCGGAGGAGGAGGAGCUGCCGGCGGAGCAGGGGGGAGCCAAGCGGGAGCAGGCUCCGGGGGCCCCCGAUCGCGAUGACGACGAUGAUGCCGACGGGGAUGACCACGGUUUCCGGCAGUUCAACCGCGGCGAGGAGGACCAUCUCUAUGUGGUGGGAGAUCACGCCCAGCUGGUGGUGCCGCGUCGCACGUCCAUGUGCGUGGACUCCUUGGGCCAGCCGCUGCGCAGGCUGAACUCCAACCUGUCGCUGCACACGGACUCCGGCUACCCGGCGGCGGGGGGCUAUCCGGGGAUGGGGCUGCGCAUGCCCCUGCUCCCGCCGGCCGAUCUCGGCCAGAGUCGCACCCUGCCGCGCUGCUUCCUGCGGCAGUCGUCCGACUCGCUGGCCUCCCAGGGCUUUUCCCUGGGCGCCAGUCAGCAGCGGUUCUCCCAGCUGAUGCUCAAUCAGCAGCCCCAGCAGCAGCCGCACCCACUCCAGCAGCUGCAGCGCCAGAACCUCUUCGUGUCCUCCACCUUGACCCUGCCCCAGGUGGCUCCGUCGAAGGGCCAGGUGCAGUGGCCCACGGCGAUCCCCUCGUCUCCGUCGAACUACGCGAACGGCUACCAGCAGCACCCGCAGCCGAUAUACCCAGCUCCGGCGGCGGGAACUGGUGGGCCAGGCGGACCAGGGUCCGUCCCCGUUUCCGGCCCUCCGAAGUUCCAGCGCGGCUACGCAUUCGACGACCAGCAGCGGCGGUCCAGCUUCGUGAGCGACGCCUUCGACCUCGACGAGAUCGAGCGGGAUCGUCGGCGCUCCCAUGCCAGCCUCUUCGGCUUGGGCCAGAACAGGGAUCCCUACGACCUCGUCAACGGCACCGCCGUGUAA